AUAUUGGUCGUGGAUUAAAAAAAAAUAUCAGAACACAUGUCCACUUUUUCUUUUCGUGUGUUUAGUCAGUACGAAUUAUUAUCUCUCUCUAGAAAAUAAUUGUGUAUAGAAAUUCAGUUGUCAUAAUACAAAUAAAUUGUUUCCAGAUUGUUAAUUUGAUAAAAAUCGUGUGAAAAAUGUGCUUAGAAAAAUUUAGUGCAACGUGUUGUUCAUUAUCGCGCAUCUUUUAAAAGUACAAACAAAAGAUAUACACGCAUACAUUAUUUCUUUUGUCUCUGAAUAUAAGUUUUAUAAUCGAAAAUCGCCAUUGAUUUCUUCAUUCUUAAAAUUUCCAUUGUCAUUUUUCGGAUGGUUUUAUACUCUUUACCAUCAUCACUACCACCAUUGAGAGAGAAAUAUAAUUUUUGUAGAUUCUAGACUACAGUGGCUUAUUUUUUUCUUGGUAUAUAUUUAUUUUUAAUAAUUCGCGUGUAUCUUUUUUAAGGUUAGGUCAAUUUGGAACAAUUUUUUUUUAUCAAGAGUUUGUGUGGAAGAUUUAGAUAAUAUCGUCGGUGUAUAAUAAUAUAAUAUAUAUAUAUAUAUAAAUAUAGGAAAAUUACGAAUGUAAUAAAAGUGUAUUGAUUGUGAUUAUUUUCUCGGAAAUAAAAAAAAAAACAAACAAAAAAUGAUGUUAAUUGAUAUUGAAUGUACCUGCGGUGGAUCGAAAAUUGAAGGAGGAACGAAUACAGGUGGAAAAUGUAAACACAGUGAGAAGUCUCUUAAUAUAUGUGUAUCAAGAAAAACGGUAUAUAAAUUCGGAAUUCACAGAGAAUGUGAAACAUGUGAGAAAGAGAAUAAAAUUAAACCACCAACUGUUGAGGAAGGGAUUGAACCAUGUCCACCAUCGAUGUGGAUGUGUUUACAAUGUGGAAAUCAAGCUUGCGGUCGCAGUGAUAGAAGUCAUGCGAUUCAACAUUUUAAAGUUCCACGAACUGGUUUACAUUGUUUAGUUCUUGAUACUUAUCAAUGGAAACUCUGGUGCUAUGAAUGCAAUAGUUAUAUUAAUCCUGAUUCAUGUAUACGUGCUUCACGUGUUGUGUGUGAUAUAGAAAGAAUGGCAAAUUCACCAAAAGCGACAAAAAUGUUGCCAAACUUAUCAAAAAAAAAAAAUCUAGUUGAAUUGAAGAAAGUAAAACCAAAAUUUUUAUUUGGUUUCAGCAAAGUUGUCGGACUGACAAAUUUGGGUAACACUUGUUUCUUCAAUGCUGUUCUCCAAUGUCUCGCGCAAACUCCAUUUUUGGUGAAAGUUCUCGAAGAUAUGCAAAAACCUGGACAAACUUUUGUUCUUCCUGGUGGAGCGUACAAGAAACCAGGAAGUACCGAAGAAAUUUCACUGCCGCCAAUUGAAGGUGUUUUGGACAAAGAGUGCCCCUUGACUCAGGUUUUACAAAAAACUUUAACCGACAUGCAAAAUUCAAACAGCGAACCUUAUAAACCAAGUGAACUUUUGAAUAUUUUACGAAAAAAAAGUUCACAAUGCAUGGAUGGCGGUCAACAUGAUGCACACGAACUUUUACGACAUUUAUUAGAACACGUUCGCAGUGAAGAUCUUCGUCGUUAUCAGCAAAUAAUAUUGAAAAAUCUCAAUCUAUGGGGUCAGUCGUCAAAGAAUAAUGAUGAUGAUAAAAUAUCGAGAUUGAAAUUUUAUGGCCAUCAAGCGAGCGCUCGAUUAUUGGGACCUGAGCCAGUGUUUAAAGGAAUUCUCGUCUCAACACUCGAAUGUCUCGAAUGUCAUCAUUCAUCACCAAGAACUGAACCAUUUUUGGAUCUUAGUUUACCAGUUAUGGCCGAUAAACCACAACCGCCGUCUCAUAGGAGAAAAAGUAGUGGAUUUGAGGACGCUUUUGAUUUAAUGAAUAGCAAUAGCAAUACUAAUAAUUCAUCGAGCACUGGAUAUAAAUCAGUCUCAAGAAGAGCGGCAAAUUAUUGGGGAAAAUCGAGAAAUACAAAGCAAAAAAAUAUGAAAAAUAAUCAGACAACAAUAUCAGAGGAGAAUAAUACUCAUGAGAAUAAUGACGAUGUUAAUAAUGAUCUCGUUGAUAGUGAAAAUUCAAAGACUGAAAAAACGAAAGAUUAUUCGGCUUCAGGAAGUGAAUCGGAUAUUGAGGAUAAUGUUGAUACGGAAUCUGGAACUGAACAACUUUCAAAACAACAAGAAAUUCUCGAAUCUGGUUAUAGUUCAGAAAAACCAUCAACAUUAGUGAGUCCUUUGUCACCUGUUGAAAAUUCACACAAUAACGAUACAACAAAAUCUCUCAAUUCAUUUACCGUUACAAAUAAUGAUGAUGAUGAUGAUGAUGAUGAUGGUUGUCCACCAUUGGAAAAUGGCGACAACGACGAUGACAGUCAACAAAAAGAAAUUAAAACAAAUAACAUUAUUGUUGUGAAUAAUCACAAUAACAAUAAUAAUAAUAAUAAUUCCCAAGGAGUUGAAUUAAAUUCGAAGAAAGAGGAAAAAUUAGUAACUCAAUUAUUAGCAUCUAAUGUCAAUGAAAAAAUGACGGAGAAUAAUUCAAUUAAUAAUUCAAGUGAAAAUUCAUUGUUGUCAUCAUCGAGUCCAGUAGAAGAGAAAGAAGUGAAUGAUGAAAAAAUGGAGAAUGGAAAAGAAGACGAGGAAGAAUCGUUAAAGUACGCACCGGAAGCGAAGAAUGAUGAGAAUAUAAUUUCAAAAAUAGAGAAAAAAACCAAUAAUGAUAAUUAUUCAAAUACAAAUGGUGCAGAAAAAUUAAAAACAGGUGUUUCACGAACUGGGCUUAAUAAUCACCAUGUGAAUCAAUCGCCCACACGGUAUACAACAUGUGAGGGAGAAUUUUCCAUACAAUCAUGUUUAAAUCAAUUUACCGCACAAGAAUUAAUGGCUAAUAAUAAUGCCGUUGGAUGUGAGGAGUGUACUGCUAGGGAAAAUAAGGGAAAAGAAAAUGGUAAAAUGGUGCGUACACCAAGAACAAAACAAUAUUUAAUUUCAAAUGUUCCGGCUGUCUUGAUAUUGCAUUUAAAACGUUUUCAAUCUCAAAGAAUGUCAUUUAGUAAAGUAACAAAACCGGUGAAAUUUCCCACAAUAUUGAAUUUGGCGCCUGUUUGUAAAAAUCAUGAUGAGCCAAAAGUUUAUUCACUUUAUGGUGUUGUUGAACACAGUGGAACACUUUACGGUGGACAUUAUGUCGCUUAUGUCAAGACGAGACAACCGUUGACUCCGAAUGAUCCGCGAUGGUCGUUUCUUCCAAAACAAGAAUCGACAGAUUCGGAGAAACUUGCAAGUGAUGUAAAUGAUUCCCAACAACAACAACAAACAAAAAGCGAAGAAAAUACAGAUAGUUCAAAUAUUGAACCACUUCCAGGACGGUGGUAUAAUAUUUCUGAUUCAAGAGUUAUCGAAGUGGACGAAAAUCAGGUCCUUCAAUCUCAAGCAUACCUUCUUUUUUACGAGAGAAUUUUGUGAACAAAAAACUCCAUUAAUAACAACGCACAAUUAAUUUCCAUUUUUUCUCGAUGAAUUAUUAUUUUGUGAAUGAGAGAAAAAAAUUAGUAAAAUGAGGACACAAAGAAUGGAAAAAAAUGAGAAUAAUUAAUAAUAAUAAUAAUAAUAAUAAUA